AAGUCCAUACUGAGUUAACAGUUUUUGGUUCCAACCCUGCUAGGCACCUGCCGAAUCACUUAGAUGAGCAGCAUUUUCGAAAAACUAUAUUUAGGUAAGCAAAGUGUGAAACUUCAUUAUACGACAUAAAGAAAAAAAUUAGGAAAAAUUAACUCAAAGAAAACACAUAUAAUACAAAUUAACAUAAUUCUUUCUAAAUUCUAAGUAUUUUCUAUUGAAAAGCAGUUGUCAAAUUCUAAAUAAAAAAUGACCAGUGAACAAGACCCCGAGAAAAAUUUAGCUUCGGAAAAUUUAGAUGAAGGAGAGUAUGAGUUUAUUUAUGGCACAGAAGAUGGUGUCUACUCUCAGAGCGAGACCACCCAUAUGGGUGAAGAGGCCGAAGAGGCGACCGACGAUAUAUUCUCUCAUCUCGGUGAGUCAUCGGAUGAUCCAGAGCAAAAACGUUGUUAUAUGGAAUACUUGAGCCUAAUCAAGGAAAUCGAGUGCCAAAACCAAAUGGUCGAUGAUAUUAAAGCGCAAAUUGUGGAACUUUGCGCCAAGCCUUGUAAGACCAAAUGCGAACUGAAGGAUAUCAAAAGACUACGAGUAUGCAUGGAGCAGGAGAUACUAAAGUUGGGUUGCUUGAAAAGCAAAGCUAUGGAAUUGCAGAACUUCGGUUCUAGACGACGUUACCAUGAGAUACCGCUUGCCACAACCAUAGAUGAAGAUAACAUGACACCAUAUGCGGGGUGUACUCAACAGCCGCAAACAACUUGGAAGGGUGGCGAGAGUAGUGAAACGGAUAGAUGUCCCUCUGCCGAACCAAAGGAGUGUAGAGAUGAGAAGGCCUUGCGUUGUUUAUGCAAAGCGCUGGGUAAAAUGAAGAUCUGUUGUCCAGAAGACAAAAAACUUAUACAAGAAAUCGCCGGUGUGCUGAUGGGACACAAGAAGAAGAAAAGCGCACCGCCCUGUCCUCAACCAUGCCCCCCUUCGCUGCCACCUUGUCGGGGCCCAUGUCCACCGUUCGCAAAGCCUUCGAAGAAAAGUAAAAAAUGCAAUCAACCCUGUUCGUCUGAUUCUAUGCCUGGAGCGGAUUCUUUGGACAGACUCAAGCAGAAAAUCACAUGUAUGCAAUCAUCGGUUUGCCAGUUGAAGCAGGAAAUAUAUCGACGCGAGCGCGAGAAACAGCAAGUGUGUGAGGCGGAAGAAGAGAAGGAAGAUGUGUGUUCGGAGGAACCCGAUCCCAUACAAUUUUGCUUAAGCAAACGAACCACAAAAGCCGAUGAAAUGGCUAAAUUGAGAGAAAACUACUUGCACUUAUUGGCAGAAUUUUCGAAAAAAGAUUGCCAACUAAAAGAAAUGGAGAAGCGCCUCAAAGGAUUUUGCGGCAGUUGCAACCACAAUAAUGGUCAAGGCGAAGGUCAAAAUACUGACCAGUCCGAAUUAAUUGUUCUCAGGCAACGUGUUGCUGACUUGAAGGAAGAGCAAACAGAAUUCAAGUGUCUAAUGAAGGAGCAAUCACAGCAAUUGGAGGAUUAUCGCAAUAAAUACUUAGUGGCGCAACAGAAAGUUGAAGAACAAAGUGUGACGCUUGACAAAUUAAACAUGAACAAUAAAAGAAUAGAGAAACAAAUCAAUACGGAAGUAAAAGAAAUACGUGCCAAAUUUCAGGAGAAACUCAACGAAUUACUCCACUUCCCUAAGCUGCUGGAAAACGAGCAAUUGAAGUUGGCGCAAGCCUGCAAGGAAAAGGAAGAUUUACAGGGAAAGUUGAUGCUUAUUUGCAAAGAAUUAAAGGCACUAAAGGCGCAGACAGAGUCUCCGAAGGACGAGACGGAUUGUCGACCACAAUUGAUGAAAUGUCAACUAGAAUUGGAGCAAUGUAAGGCGCGUCUGGAGGAAAUGGAAAGACAACGGGAUCUCUUCUGUGAAAAACUCAAAGCCACACAAGACGACCUCGACACAUUACGUUCGGAAUCGGCCAAAAUCAUCGCACGCACAAAGGAACGAGCCGAGGCAAUGAAGUGUCAAAUGCAGGAACAAAUAGAUCGCCUGGAAAAGGAACUGGCGCAGUGUCGUGCCACCGCCUGUCUAUCUGUUAGUGAUCGUGAAGCUGUUAUACGCGAGAUGCAAGGGCAACUUAACACACUUUCCUACAGCUUUGAUGCCGCACAGAAGCAAAUCAAAACUCUACGCAAUCACAUCGCUUAUGUCUCCAAUGAAAAUUGUUUUCCUGUUAAAUGCUGAUCACUUAAUUUAACAUAAUUAUGCGUAAAUGAAAUCACGUUGUUGGUAUAGCUAUGGCUUUAUAGACAUGCUCAAUUACAUGUUUAUUGCUAUAUCUUAUAUAUUUUGGGAGAACAUCUCCAGGAUACAACGGAAGCCGUAAUCAAAUUAACACCAAAUACUGUCAGAUGAAGCGGCCAACGCGAUUAGACUAUUGCUAGCAUAUUAAUCUUAUAAAGAUUUUACAGCCAAACGCUUCAUUUUGGGAGCCUUUUUCUUUGCUUGACGCUUCUGCUCCUUGAGUUCCCAGCGGCGCUGCUUCUCGGGGUCGUCCUCGGCAAGCACGCGUUCUUUCUCUUGUUUGCGCUUGUCUUCACGACGCUGAGCAGCAGCCUCUGCGCGUGCUGCGUGUGUACUCUUCAAGAAUUCUUCCUCCACACGCAAGCGAUUCUUUUCCGCUUUGUUUUUGCCCUGCAAAAGCAUGAAGAUAUGCAUUUUUGAAAACAUUAUUUUUUCCACAAUGAUUCUAGUUCAUGUUACCUCUUUAGACAUGCGAUACACUUUUAAACGUUCCAUUAAAUAGAAAAUAAGUAUGAGCAAUGGCUUGAUCGAUUCCAUAUCCACACCUUUGGGCAUGUUAAAUCCUGCCAUCAGCAUACACUUUGUUUCUGGUUGUUUCAAAUUAUUGGCAUCUUCUUGUUGAAUGGGACCACUAAAUUGAUCAGAAAUAUGAAUAUAGUCGAUGUAACGCUGAUAUUUGUUCAGUGCAGUAAUGACGCGAGCCUCCAAUAUUGCUGACGUAGCUUCAGGUAUUUCGGAGAGCACACUAAAUCCUGCAGGUACUUUGUAGCGAUCCUCUGGCUUACUGACUAGACUGCAAUAUUUGUUCUGCAUAGAAACGUGGAAAGUGCAAUUAUUACAUAUAAUUUGUAAAAUAUAUAAAUAUGCAUGUAUAUAUUUAUAUUUAAUAAAAAGACUCACCAAAUCA